UGCUUAUGUUUAGAAACACAGACAUUUUUACAUAAUAAAAUUUGACAUUGAAAGAAGAAGACUUUUUUCCACCAGAAGAGACAAAUGUAAUUUAGUGCUGUGUUUGACACGCUACUGAAGAUGAAACCGAGCUGGGAGCCGAUUUUCUUUGUAUUUUUGGCGACAUGGAGGAUGGCUUUGUCUGUGACACGGUACUCUAUACCAGAGGAGAUGGAGCGCGGAUCUGUUGUCGCAAAUCUAGCGUCGGAUCUAGGACUGGACGUUAGUGAACUUGCACAAAGAGAGGUAAAGCUCGACACUGUUCAUAGCAAGAAAUAUCUAGAAAUAAACAAAAGGACAGGAGAACUUUACAUUGUUGAGAAAAUGGACAGAGAGUCUCUUUGUCACGGUAAAACAUCUUGCUUCGUGAAAUUAGAUGUGAUAAUCAAAAGCCCAUUGCGCAUUUUUAACAUUGAGCUGGAAAUCAUAGAUAUUAAUGAUAAUGCUCCGCAUUUUAGAAUGGAAAGGGUUGAACUAGAUGUCUCCGAGUCCGCAACACCGGGUGAACGAUUCUCUCUACCUAACGCACUAGACCCGGAUGUAGGGGCCAACACUAUCAGCACAUACAAGCUUAGCGAAAGCGAUCAUUUCACAAUAGAUAUUCAUUCUGGCAGCGAUGGCACGAAAUACGUUGACCUGGUCCUUACGAAAGCCUUAGAUCGAGAACAACAUGCUGUCCAUAAUCUGAUGCUCACUGCUGUAGAUGGCGGAGUCCCCGCGCGCUCAGGGUCGGCCAGCAUUAUUGUUCGUGUGUUGGAUACGAACGACAACGCCCCUCAGUUUGACCGUUCAGUGUACACUUUAAAUAUGAGCGAGAAUUCUCCUAUUGGCACUCUGGUCACCAAACUAAACGCAACCGAUGCGGAUGAAGGCUCAAAUGCAGAAAUCACGUAUUCAUUUACGCUUUACACGUCUGAGAAAACCCAAGAAAUGUUCGAUUUGAAUUCCAAAACUGGGGAGAUAUCUGUUAAAGGCACAAUUGAUUUCGAAGACAUGAAAAUAUUUGAGAUGCAUAUAGAGGCAAAAGACAACGGCCCUGUUCCGCUCUCCAGCCAAUGUAGAGUAACACUGCACAUCACGGAUAUGAACGAUAACUAUCCGGAGAUAACCAUAAAAUCACUGAAAAACACUGUGAAAGAAGACAUACCUGUAGGCACAGUGAUAGCCCUGGUUGGUGUAAGUGACAGGGACACGGGAGAUAAUGGUAAAGUUAAUCUUACAAUCAAUAAAAACUUGCCAUUUAUAUUGAAUAAAUCCUCAGAUUAUCACUAUGAACUGUUAGUCUCAGAACCUUUAGAUCGUGAGAUGAUUUCUGAAUAUGAGAUCACUCUAGUAGUGACAGAUGGAGGAACUCCUCCACUAUCUGAUAAUGAAACAAUAAUCGUGCACUUGCUGGAUGUUAAUGAUAAUGCACCCCAGUUUCCACAGACUUUCUAUACUAUAUCUGUUAUGGAGAAUAACUCACCAGGGGCGUUGUUGAGUUCUAUAACUGCUCUAGACCCAGACCUCCAUGAAAAUCAGUAUCUAGUGUAUUUCAUAAUAGAGAAGGAAAUAGCGAACACCUCCAUGUCCAUGCUGUUCUCCAUCAAUCCAGAGAACGGGAACCUUUACGCACUGAAGACGUUUGAUUAUGAGAUAGAGAAGGAGUUCCUUUUCCACAUCGAGGCCAGAGACUCUGGCGUUCCUCCGCUCAGCAGCAACGUGACCGUUCACAUCAUUAUAAUGGACCAGAACGACAACACACCGCUUAUAGUGUCUCCAUGGCGCGCGCACGGCUCAGUGGUGGAGGACAAAAUCCCGAGAUCCACCGAUAAAGGAACUCUGAUAGCCAAAGUGAUCGCUAUUGACACCGACUCGGUGCACAACUCUCGCAUCACCUACCAGUUUCUCCAGAACACUGAUGCUACAUUGUUCAGCUUGGACCAGUACAACGGAGAGAUCCGGACAAUGAGGAUGUUCAGCUACAGAGACUCGCGUCACCAGCGGCUGGUGGUGAUUGCCAAGGACAACGGAGAGCCCUCGCUCUCUGCUACAGUCACUAUCAAACUGUCCACGGUGGAGACCGCGCUGAAAACCUAUGCUGAUUUGACUGAAGUGCCUUUAGAGUAUGACAUCUUUUCAGACUUGAACCUGUAUCUGGUGAUCGGACUGGGCUCGGUGUCAUUUCUCUUACUGAUCACCAUAUUGGUGACCAUCGUGCUGAAGUGUCAGAAACCGAAGCCCAGCAAAGCAGCUCCUCCCUGCAGGAACAGUGUGAUCAGUGAGAGGAACUCCACCAUCGCCGAUUCCACGCUGGUGUCCAACGAUGCCUACUGGUACAGUUUGUUUCUAGCAGAGACGAGGAAAGGGAAGCUGGUAGUUAGGCAGCCUGUGCCAAAGGGGGCGAGAUACAUCGUGUCCAGUAUACCCAGGAGUACAGGCGUGACCGAGACUAGUGAUUCAGCUGCGUCCACUCUACAGGUAGGCAUCAAAUUUUCUAAUACUAUGGUCACUUUCAUGUUUGAUUUUUUUUAA